AUGGUCUCCACACGGGCACAGAAAUCCAGAGAGACGACCAUUGCUAUCCAAAAUAUCGAUCGAGCCUGCGCGGCCACUCAGCUCACACAAGUGUGCACCAGUACAGUGGUCUCUCUCCCAGACGUUGCAGGAGAAUCAACCGUGUCCCCUACUGCCGAGCCUGAUGUCGCCAUGAAAGACAUCAGCAUUACCACCAGGUCUUCAGUGCAAAAGACAUCAACGGCGUCACGGAGCCUUAUCGUGCGCUUCAAGCUUCCAGUCUGCAAGCCGGCUGGGGUAACAGAGACGAAGGUUCUUGUGGACUCCAAGCUGACCGUCAAAACCAAGAACUCGGUUGACGGGGAACCAAUUCGUCAACGAGCUGCUGCUGCUUCCCAUGGCAUCAAACGUGAACCGUCCGAUGAUCAAGAUUCUGCUGCUUUUCCCAGCAAGAGAAGCAAAACAUCUGGCGGAGGUGAUGACAAAGAAUUCAAAUCAGAGGUUGCUCCUACUCAGGCGUCGGGCGUCCCCACUGUUCCCCGUUGUCUUCGUGAUCGAGGCGAAGAUGGCACAGUCACUGGACGGAUUAGAGCUACCAAGAAAGCAAAGGAAGACAUUCGUGGUCCCUUUGUGACUUUCUCAUCGAAAUCUCUUGGCAGGCUUUUGAAGAAGAUGAAGAAGCGACGCCCCAAGACACCGUAUACCAACAAGACACGCUUCCAGUUCGGCCACGACCAUCUGUGGUAUUGGACGUCGCCAUCUCCGUACGAAAUCCGGAAGGUCUCGCAGAUUCUCGAGGAAGAACGACCCGCAAUCAACGAGGUUGCCACAGCAGAAGGAACUUCAACCAACCCGUUCCAUGCUGGUGCUGGAAUAUCUGUCGACUCCAUCGUCCGCGUCAUCCUUUCACAAGCAUGCACCAAUGAGUCAGCAUUGGAUGCACAGCAACGGAUGCUCCUCGCAUACCCGUAUUGGGUCAAUGGCAAAUGGGUCGCAGGCAAAAAACCGAACUAUCACGCAAUGCGUGCACAGGGUCUUUCGAAACUGGAAAAGGUCCUAAAAAAGGCGGGGCUGGUGAACAAGAAACCAAAAGCCAUCAAAGACAUUCUUGACAUUGUCUAUGAAAGAAAUGUUGCGCUUUUGAAACCCUUGAAGGAUGGCGAGGUUGUAUACAUCGGCAACGAACGCGGUGCUUCCGAUUUUGUUCCUGGCUUGUUGUCUGUGGACUACCUCUGGGACAUUUACAGACAAGAGGGCAAACAAGCUCUGCUUGACCAUCUUGUGUCGCUUCCAUUGAUCGGCGUCAAGUCGGCGUCCUGCCUGAUGUCCUUCAACAUGUCGUUGCCUGUCUUUGCCGUGGACACCCAUGUCGCUGGGAUGGCAAAGCUUCUCGGUUAG